UCUUCCUCCCUCGGUCCUCCCUUCCCCAAUAUCUCAUCGCCACCACCCCGGUCAUGCUCCUCCUCUUCUGACCUCGGCAGCUCCCAUGAAAUCUUAAUCCCCCAAAACCCUCACUCAAACCAACACUGCCGCCGCCGGCAUGUCGCCCCCUCUGCAGGCGCCCGACUACAAGCACAUCACGGAGGAGUGCCUUCGCGAAUGGAAGGGCCAGUCCGCCGGCGCCUUCCGCCUUCCUGAUCCGGUCCCCAUGGCGCGCUUCCUCUACGAGCUCUGCUGGGCGAUCGUGCUGGGCGACUUGCCGCCGCAGAAGAGCCGGGUGGCGCUGGAGUCGGUGUUGUUCGUGGAGGAGGCACGGAGGGAGGAGGAGCUCGGCUCCGUGCUCGCUGAUAUCAUCGCUCACCUAGGGCAGGAUAUUACAAUCUCGGGGGAAUAUCGCAACCGUCUUGUUAAAAUGACUAAGUCAUUUGUGGAAUCCUUGAUUACUGCGCCUAGGCUUCUGCAAGAGCGAUGUGAUGAAGAUUUCCUUUGGGAGGUUGAACAAAGUAAGCUGAAAGGCCAGGAUUUAAAAUCUAAGGAGGUUAGGGUCAACACACGUCUUCUUUACCAGCAAACUAAAUUCAACCUCUUACGGGAGGAAAGUGAGGGCUAUGCCAAAUUGGUGACACUCCUUUGUCAAGUUGGUUCAGAUCUAGCUUGCCAGAAUUCUUCUUCGGUUACGAUCAGCAUUAUAAAGUCAUUGAUUGGCCAUUUUGAUCUGGACCCAAAUCGUGUAUUUGAUAUUGUGUUGGAAUGCUUUGAACUCUAUCAAGAUAGUAGCAUCUUUCAUCAGCUCAUACCUCUUUUUCCAAAGUCCCAUGCUGCUCAAAUUUUGGGGUUCAAAUUCCAGUAUUAUCAACGAUUGGAUGUCAACAGCCCUGUUCCAUCUGGCCUUUUCAGAACAGCAGCUUUAUUGAUCAAAUCUGGAUUCAUUGACCUUGAUAAUGUCUAUUCUCACUUGCUUCCAAAUGACGACGAGGCGUUUGAGCAUUUUGAUUCUUUCAUUUCAAGAAGAAUCGAUGAGGCUAAUAAAAUUGGCAAAAUCAACCUUGCUGCUACUGGGAAGGACCUUAUGGAUGAUGAGAAACAAGAAAUUACUAUCGAUAUGUAUACAGCAUUGGAGAUGGAAACUGAUAUAGUUGGGGAGCGAGCCCCCGAGAUGGAGAAGAACCAGAAACUUGGGCUGCUUCUUGGUUUUCUCUCUGUGCAUGACUGGUAUCAUGCACAACUACUCUUUGAGCGCCUUGCGCACCUAAAUCCUGUUGAGCACAUUGAAAUCUGUUAUGGAUUAUUUAGAAUGAUUGAAAAGACAAUGUCUUCAGCCUAUCAUAUAGUUUGUCACCUGUACUAUUACUUGCCUCCUAGAAAUGAUUCUGACCAGACAGGCACAUCUGCUGUGUCUGUAAGUUCAUUUGAUCUGCCAAAGGAGUUUUUCCAAAUGCUCACCGCUUGUGGACCAUAUCUUCAUCGUGAUACUCAAUUACUUCAAAAGGUUUGCAGAGUAUUAAAAGCGUACUACCACUCAUCAAAAGAGUCAACCCGUGCAGCAAAUGUAGUUUCACCAGAAUCUCGAAUUGAGGAAGCACUUGGGUCGUGCUUGUUUCCUUCGUUGCAGCUUAUCCCUGCUAAUCCUGCUGUUGAUAUGGAGAUAUGGGGGGUUCUUUCCCUUCUUCCAUAUGAGGCCCGCUAUCGUCUAUAUGGUGAAUGGGAGAAGGAGACCGAACAGAACCCAAUUGUCCUUGCUGCAAGGCAAACUGCAAAGCUGGACACCAGAAGGCUUCUAAAACGGUUGGCUAAGGAAAACCUGAAGCCACUUGGACGCAUGGUGGCUAAACUUGCCCAUGCGAAUCCUAUGACCGUGCUUCAGACAAUUGUCCAACAGGUUGAAGCAUACAGGGAUAUGAUUACACCAGUUGUGGAUGCUUUUAAGUACUUGACUCAGCUGGAGUAUGACAUCUUGCAAUAUAUUGUCAUUGAACGCUUGGCACAAGGUGGUCGUGCGAAACUUAAAGAUGAUGGACUUAAUCUCUCAGAUUGGCUUCAGUGUCUUGCAUCCUUUUGGGGGCACCUGUGCAAGAAGCAUAAUGCUGUGGAACUGAGAAGCCUUUUGCAGUAUCUUGUUAAUCAAUUGAAGAAGGGCGUGGGCAUUGAACUUGUUGUCCUAGAGGAGCUCAUUCAGCAAAUGGCGAAUGUGCAGUAUACUGAGAACAUGACAGAGGAACAGGUCGAUGCUAUGGCAGGAAGUGAGACUUUGCGGCAGCAAGCUUCACUGUUUGGAGCAACAAGAAACUAUAAGGUGUUGAGUAAGUCCACAAAUAGGCUAAGGGAUUCAUUGCUUCCAAAAGAAGAGCCCAAACUUGCACUUCCUAUGUUACUGCUGCUUGCUCAGCAUCGGUCCAAGAUCAUAAUAAAUGCUGAUGCCACAUAUAUCAAAAUGGUCAGUGAGCAGUUUGAUAGAUGCCAUGGAAUACUUCUUCAGUAUGUUGAGUUUCUUUCAAACGCCGUAACUCCAACUGCCUAUGCUCAACUAAUACCUUCUUUGCAAGAUCUGGUCCAUAAAUACCACAUUGAGCCAGAGGUUGCUUUCCUUAUAUAUCGCCCAGUGAUGCGGCUUUUUAAGAGCAAUAAUGGAGGUGACACUUGUUGGCCUCUUGAUGAUAACGAGGAAGGAGAAUCUGUAUCAUCUGAUGAUCUUAUCUUACAUCUUGAUUCGUCUCAGGAACCAAUCAUGUGGUCAGCUCUUCUUAACACAGUCCAGUCAAUUUUGCCAGCAAAAGCUUGGAACAGUCUUUCACCAGAUUUAUAUGCUACUUUCUGGGGCUUAACACUCUAUGAUCUUCACUUUCCAAAAGACCGUUAUGAUACAGAAAUCAAGAAGCUGCAUGAGAAUCUCAAACAAUUGGAGGACAACUCAGAUAAUUCUAGCAUUGCAAUUUCAAGACGUAAGAAGGACAAGGAGAGAAUCCAAGAUUUACUCGACAAACUGAACAGUGAAUCUCAGAAGCACCAGCAGCACAUUGCAUCUGUAGUCCAAAGGUUAGCCCGUGAAAAGGAUAAGUGGUUGAGCUCCAGUCCAGAUACAAUGAAAAUCAACAUGGAGUUCUUACAGCGCUGCAUAUUCCCACGAUGUGUUUUUAGUAUGCAAGAUGCAGUGUAUUGUGCUACAUUUGUCCAAACACUACACUCCCUUGGGACUCCUUUCUUUAACACAGUCAAUCAUAUCGAUGUUCUCGUCUGUAAAACCCUACAGCCAAUGAUAUGCUGUUGCACGGAAUUUGAAGCUGGCAGGCUUGGAAGAUUUUUUCAUGAUACGUUGAAGAUGGCCUACUAUUGGAAGAGUGAUGAAUCUGUUUAUGAGCGUGAAUGUGCAAACAAACCAGGCUUUGCAUUGUACUUCAGAUACCCAAACAGCCAGCGUGUAUCCUAUAGUACAUUUGUUCGGGUUCAUUGGAAGUGGAAUUUAAAAAUCACCAAAGCUCUUAACCAAUGCAUGGAAUCAAAAGAAUACAUGGAAAUUCGAAAUGCUCUUAUUGUGCUUACAAAGAUUUCUAGUGUCUUUCCGGUGAUUCGUAAAAGUGGUAUCAAUCUUGAGAAACGGGUGACUAAACUAAAAGGGGAUGAGAGAGAAGAUCUUAAAGUACUAGCCACUGGUGUAGCUGCUGCUUUAGCUGCUCGCAAGAGUUCUUGGCUAUCUGAAGAAGAGUUUGGCAUGGGCCACAUUGAUCUGAAGCCAGCAAAAGCAAGAUCUGUGCUUGGAAACCAGUCAGCAGAUCCCUUGAUGGCAAAAGAUCAAAAUGCCCGUGCAAAGUCUGUAGAGAAUAGGCAUGAAAGGUCAGAGGGUGCUAUGAAGCCUGAUAUUCAGCAAAAGAAGAGCUCUGUGCCUGCAAAUGGAUCUGAUAGUCAAAUACCAUCUUCCUCCGUACAAGGGAAAUCUUCAGUGGUUGUACAUGCAGUGGAUGAACCUCCGAAACCUGUGUCUGAUGAGGGGGUUAAAGUUUCUGCAAAACCUACUAAAGAAUCUGAGACAAGAGCAGCACAAAAGCGUGCUGGCAAUGCUGGGAAGGUAAUGAAGCAUGAUGUUGCAAAGGAAGAUGCAAAAGCUGGGAGAUCUACCAGCUGGAAUGUAAAUCAACAAGUCUCUACUGUUGAUAGAGAAGCAUUGUCUCAUUCAGCUGAUGCUGCCCAAGAAACCAGUACCACUAUUACCAAUGGUAACUUGCAUUCGUCAUCUUCUCAAAGAAAUGCAGUUACACAUAAUGGAGCAGCUAAUCCCUCUGGUGAGUCUACUGAUCUGAUUGACUCUACUGUGAGACAGCAAAAAAGACCUCCGAUUGAGGAGCAAGAUAGAUCAGGUAAACGGAGGAAAGGUGCAAAUGAACCUGAUUUGAGUGAACAUCAUGUAGACAAGGAAAAGAGUUUGGACUCACGUGGCGGAGAUAAGUUUCGUUCAGUGGAUUAUGAGAAGAUUGCUAAUGAGGAACAAAACUUAAGUAGGGCAGGCAAAAUGAAAGAGAAAUCUGAUGAUAAAUACGACAGAGAUCCUAGGGAAAAAUUAGAUCGAGGUGAAAGGCGUCGUGGGGAAGAUGCCAUUGAGAGAUCAACAGUUAGAUUGUCAGAGAGGAGAGAACGUUCUAUUGAAAGGAUGCAAGAGAGAGUUACAGAUAAAGCCAUUGAAAAAGGUAGGGAGGACAGAAAUAAGGAUGAGAGGAAUAAAGUUAGAUAUGCUGAACCUUCGGUGGACCGGACACAUUCUUCUGAUGAACGAUUCCGAGGGCAAAGUUUGCCACCGCCCCCACCUCUUCCCGCAAGUUUUGUACCCCAAUCAGUUGGUGCUAACCGACGUGAAGAAGAUGCUGACCGAAGGGGUGGGAGCUCCAGGCAUGUUCAAAGGCCAUCUCCCAGGCGUGAUGAGAGAGAAAAGAGGCAGUCAGAGGAGAAUACUUCGUCAUUUCAGGAUGAUGGGAAGCACAGAAGAGAGGAAGAUAUUCGUGAUAGAAAGCGUGAGGAUAGGGAUACUUUAUCAAACAAGGUAGAUGACAGGGAUAGGGAAAAGGGGACUUCUUUGAAAGAGGACAGUGACCCUAGUAAUGUUUCUAAACGGAGAAAGAUCAAGCGAGACCAGACUUCUUUAGAAGCUGGGGAAUAUGCACCUUCUGCUCCACAGCCUCCCUCCCAUGGAUCUGGCAGCUCACAAUUGUCUGACAUACGAGAAAGAGAAAGGAAAGGGGUAAUUUCACAGCAUCGUAACUUACACGCUGAUGACUUUCCUAGGACGCAUGGCAAGGACACGACAAGCAAGUCAAGUCGUCGAGAUUCUGACCAAAUGCACGAGAGGGAAUGGGAAGAGGAAAAGCGACCAAGAACUGAAACAAAAAGGAAGCAUCGGAAAUAGCUGAUCAAUGUUGACAUGAAUUCAGUUGAGCCUCUUAAAUUUUCUCCAAGCGCAGUAGUGGAAGCACUUGAAUUUCAUGUUUUUGUGUAGUGAUAAAACAUGUUUCAGCAUAGCUAAGCAGAUCGUUUCUUAGUGUACUGCGCCAGUUAGGGGAUGUGGAGCUUAAGAUGAUGGUAAAGCCUUUCCUGUCGAGCUCACCAGUGUGCAUUUAACAGAUGGAGAUGAGCCACGUUUAGCUUCAUACAUUUUGUGCUGUAAACAAUGUGGAAUGUGGCAUAGUGAUUUGUACUGUGAACAGAUGGUGGCUCACCAUCCGGGUAUUUUGUAUUUCAUUACUAACUGCUAACAUGUUUGGUGUAGGAAGCAUCACCAUUUUUUGCUUUGUGUAGGAGUAAUAUUAGGGGUGCAGCAUAGUUGAAAUGUUGGAAGCACCAGUUUGCUCAGGAGUUGGUUGUGCUGGUGUUCUGGUUAUUGUUCUUGUCGGGGUUGUGAGCAUGUUCCAUGUUGCCAUUGUUGGGACUAAUCGUGCAAGGAGGACAAGCUCGCCUUCGAUCCUGGCCUACUACUUGCUGUUUGUAUAACUUUUCAGGCAAACUUUAACAGACUGAAAAUUGUGAGACAGAUCACUUCCGGCCCUUUCUUCUUCUGCUGUUUAGCUGUUGGUCGUCACGGUUGCAUGGCGACACCAAGAAAAUCAACCCGUUUGACGAAGAGACAGAAAGAACGAAAGCAUCGUACAGAGAGACAAUCAGAGACGAGUGGUGGAAUUACCAGUCUCCUCUUGGCCUCGGACUCGGCGAAGAACGCCGCCCACUCGUCCGUAAUAAGCUGUAUUGUAAGCAACCAUGCAUGAGUUUGAGUUCCGCGUUCACGCUUGGUUUCGAUUCAGAUCUGGUUCGGUUUUAUUAUAUUGUAAUAAGCAACCAUUCAGACUCACGUAGACGCGGGUGCACGGAGGCUGCACCCAAUUUUUUUUUUUCAGGCAGCGAGAUGGCAACGACCGAGUCAGCGCCGCCGUACAUCCCGAUCGAUCUCCUCCUCGACAUCCUGGCACGCACGGACGUGGCAACGGUCCCGGGCUUCCGAGAGCGCUCCGACGACCCAGUUCGUAUCGUGCAGGCGCCGCCGCAAAACCUCCCUCCGCUUCGACGCGAGCCUCCUGGAGACGUUCGACCCCGUGGCCGUACGCGGCGGCCUCGUCGUCCUCCGCCAGCGGCCGGAGCCCGGCCAGCAGCUCCAGAGCGGCGUCUCUGACCUGCGUGUCUGUCUGCAACAACCUCACCGGCGACAUGGUCCGCCUUCCUCCUGCGGCCGUCGUCGUCUGGGAGACGGAGUUCAAGCUUGGCAGCCUGGACCUCUUCCGUCUGUGCUUGCACGAGACGGACUUGUCAUCGUUACUCGAGGCCAUGAAACCAUUCUGAUUAUGGAUUUGUUUUUUUUUUGGCGCAAAGUAUGAAUGGUUGUUAGUAUUUUAUUUCUUUUUGUUUUAUUUGUCAAUGGCGCGUAGUACAGAGAUUCAUAUGCCACAACCACAAAGAUAUUUUUAAUGUUGUUUCAUGCCGAAGAAAGAAGAGCACAAGAUUUUCCUC